UUCGUGAGCUCCGCGUGCGACCUGCUGUCCGCGCUGUACGGCGACACCAAGGGUCAGCACCCCUACCUGCGGUCUGUGUGCGAGUUGGCCGAGAAGGGCGUGAGGACCGUGACGGCGGCGGCCGUCACCAGCGUCCUGCCGGUCCUGCAGAAGCUGGAGCCGCAGCUUGCAGUUGCCAAUGCCUAUGCCUGUAAGGGGCUGGACAGGAUUGAGGAGAGACUGCCUAUCUUGAAUCAGCCGACGACCGAGGUCGUUGCCAAUGCCAAAGAUGCCAUGACUGGGGCAAGAGAUGCCGUGACGAAGACCGUGGCUGGGGCCAAGGGCUCGGUGGCCAGCACGAUCACGGGGGUGGUGGACAGGACCGUGGGAGCAGUGAGCGGCCGCGUGGAGAAGACCAAGUCCGUGGUGAAUGACAGCAUUCACACGGUGCUGGACAGUCGGGUGAUGCAGCUCGUGAGCAGCGGAGUGGAAAGUGCGCUCAGCAGAUCGGAGCUGCUGGUGGACCAGUACCUUCCCCUCACAGAGGAAGAGCUAGAAAAAGAAGCAAAAAAAGUAGAAGGAUUCGACAUGGUCCAGAAGCCGAGCUACUAUGUCAGGCUGGGGUCCCUGUCCAGCAAGCUCCGCUCCCGGGCCUACCAGCAGGCGCUCAGCAGGGUGACGGAUGCCAGGCAGAAGGGCCUGGAGACCAUUUCUCAGCUCUACUCGGCUGUGCACCUGAUUGAAUAUGCCAGGAAGAACGUGCAUAGUGCCAACCAGAAGAUCCAGGAUGCGCAGGACAAGCUGUACCUCUCGUGGGUGGAGUGGAAGAGAAGCGUUGGCCACGACGACUCCGAUGAGUCGCACUGCGCGGAGCACAUCGAGUCCCGUACUCUCGUCAUUGCCCGCAGCCUGACUCAGCAGCUGCAGACCACGUGCCACACCCUGCUGGGCAGCGUCCAGGGGCUGCCGCGUGACAUCCAGGACCAGGCCCGCCGCUUGGGCAUGAUGGCUGGUGACGUCUACUCCGUGUUCCGCAAUGCGGCGUCCUUUGCAGAAGUGUCUGACAGCCUGCUGACCUCUAGCAAAGGGCAGCUGCAGAGGAUGAAGGAGUCUUUAGAUGACGUAAUGGAUUACCUUGUUAACAACACGCCCCUCAACUGGCUGGUGUUUGGUUUCCCUGCCACAGACCUGACGUCGGAGGCGGACGAAAUUCCGGAUAUUAUACCUUGGGAUGAGGAGGAGGAGGCAGCAAAUCGGUCACGUGCCAGCGACCGGUCCUCUGGGGCGAGGCACUGAGUACCUAAUGUAAAAUGCUGCUUUUGUUUGAAUAUAAAAUUUGUAUCACAUUAAACUUCACGUGUGCUCCUGUAUAUAUUCCUGUGGCAUGUGGGCGUACUACUCCCUGUUCUGGUGCUUGAUUUUUAACUGUAGUGAACCUGAUUGGUUUAACUUCCGUAAGACCUUUUCUGUGUAAUCCUUCAAAGUUGAAUUGCUGAGGCUGGGCGUGUUGGUGGGUGCACACACGGAGUCCCAGCACUCAGGAUGCUGAGGCAAGAGGCUUGCUGAGACUUGGAGGCCGCCUGGGACUGCGCAGUGAGCCCUCCCUCAAUGCCGGCAAAAGUUUGUUACAAAGCCUGUAAUAAAAAU